UGAGCUAUCACCACUGCGCAAAUCAAAGUUACAGAUCAACUGCGUCAACAGAUUAUUGUCAACCAAUUUUAAACUAUCUGGUACAAAUGGCACAUUAACCGCUUUUUUGUCUAUCUUAUGAUGUGCAUAACUUAUCUACUCAAUUUAAGUUUAAAUUGAUUCUUUAUUCAAGUCCAUUAUCGCAAUAAGCUAUCAAGCUAAAUAUGGUACAUUAUAAACGGGUGUGAAAUAUUUCUGAUUAUUUUUAUUUCCAUCUAACAUCCUGAGAUGAUUGUAUCUUAAAGCUAUUACUUGAACUUGAAUAGUAACGAAGAGAAUAAGUUGUCCGUAAUAUUUUCUUAUCUAACUUCCAGUUCAUCAUUUUUUCAAUAUGAAUCGUAAUUAUCAUUGCGAAUACUCAUGUAACAUAAAUCUGGAACAAUAAUUAAGAUUAACUUAAUCGGUUUAUAUUGAUUGAUUGAAUGUUGAAAGUCAUGAAUACAAUUGGUAUUAAUAGAGAUUUUUUUGCAAGUUUAUUAAUGAUUUUACAUCUUUACUUGUACUCUAGUUAUAUGCAAUCGGUUAGCAAUGAUCAGAGAAUCUCUAUUUCGUGUUUAUUUAUUAACUCUAUCGAACUUAAAAUGUGCUAAAUGUGUUCUUGUUUUUUAUUUACCUUCGAAGACGUCAUCUUUUUAUUGCAUGUUUAUCGCAAAUUGAUUUAAUAAGUCGCCUUAUUUUCUUAGCUGAUUAAUAAUCUUACGAAGGUAUUUAACACAAAGUAUGGAUAUGUCUAGUCACAGAAAUAACAUUUAGUUUGUUUUUGUGCACAACAUACACUGUAUACCCUCGAUCUCAAUACAAAGUAACUUGCCAGUUCUCAGUUUGACUUCUUGUGAUUUGUGUAUUUAAUUUGUAAUAAAAUUAUGGGACGUUUAGCUGUUGUUACAGGAGCCAAUAAAGGAAUUGGAUUUGCCAUCGUCGAAGCGCUUUGCAAAAAAUUUGAUGGAACUGUUAUGUUAUGUUCAAGAGAUUUGGAACGAGGACAAAAAGCGGUUGACGCUCUUAAACAAAAAGGUUUAAAUCCUGUUCUACAUCAACUGGAAAUAUCUGACCAAAACAGCAUCAAUAAAUUGGCUGAAACGAUCAAGAAUGAAUAUCAAGGUUUGGACAUUCUUGUCAAUAAUGCAGCUAUAGCUUAUAGACGUGAUGCGACAGAUCCUUUGGUUAAACAAGCUGAAGACACUAUUAAUGUCAACUUUUUUGCCAAUCUCGAUGUUUGUAAGACAUUAUUUCCUUUAUUAAGACCUCAUGCUAGAGUUGUCAAUGUUUCAAGCGCUGCUGGUAUGUUGAAGCAAGUAACUAGUCCAGAGAUACGACAAAAACUUACCAAUCCUGAUUUGACUGAGGAUGAAUUGGUUUCCCUGGUUAACGAAUAUUUAGUUGAUGUUAAAGCGGGUGUUCACUUAGACAAAGGUUGGCCUGCACGACCAUACGCUGCCUCUAAAGUUUUCUUAUCCGUUUUGACUUUUAUCCACCAACGAGAGUUCAACAAAGACAGCAGGGAAGAUAUUGUCAUCAAUGCCGUACAUCCAGGAGCAGUUGAUACUGAUUUGACUAAUCAUAAGGGGCCAAUGACUAUAGAGCGAGGAGCUCAAGCGCCUGUUUACUGUGCGUUGCUUCCACCUAAUAGUUUAAAACCCAAAGGUGAUAUGGUUUGGGACGAUUCGAAGAUAGUUGAUUGGCAAUCACUGGAAUAAAAUAUUCAUUAUUUUACUUCUGUUACAAUAUUUAUAUUUAGUCAAGGUAUAAAGUUACUGUCAUGAACUGUCUACAUUCUUGUUUUAAAACCAAUCUGUUUACUGAUUUUAUAAGUCUCACAAUAUUAUCAGCUUUCAUCUACAAGCCAAAUAUGAAAAUUAAUUUCAUGUAUUAAUAUAAUUUUUGAUUGGUCUGUAUAUAAUAAAACUCAUUCAGAUUCCACUCACUGUUACACGAACAUUCAUAAAUACAUUUACAUUAACGCAAAAGUCUUUAACCUCAACAAAUUUUCCGCUUUAAUUCUCAAUUCUGUAACUAAUUGUGAAAGUCAGCAAACUAGUGAUUGACAAAAAUAUUAAUAGUCUACCUCAAUAUAAUUAACAUGUCUAUUGACAUUGCUUGCCCAGGCUUUCACUAAUACCAAACCGUACAACAUUCAUUUGAUUAUUUGAAAUUUAGUUU